CCGUCCGUCGCUCACCCCCUCGCCGCCGCCGUGGCGGCGCUUCCCAGCGCCUCCGCUGUUUAAAUGGGCCAAGUUAGAGAAGCGGCGGCGGCGGCGGCGGAGGGAAAUCUUGUUUGGUCAGAGUCUCCGAAGUGUGCGGUGACUUCUGAGCCCUGAUCAAUACGUGUCUGUCCCGGCUCGGGGGGCCCAGCCCAGCCCGGCGCGGCGCUCGGGGGCUGCGGGCGGCGGCGUGGGCAGCGCAGAGCCGGCGGGGAUGGCACUGUAGAUGUCCGUGUGUCUCAGAGACCUCUCCGAGAUGUCAGGUAUUAGUCCGGAGGGGCAGAUCUGCGAGCCACACAGCAGCUCCCGGGUGUACGGUACAUUAGGCUCUCCGUGGGAGAGGGAUCCCAGACAGCUCUGCUGGGGAGCCAGCCCAGGAGAUUUGUUAGCGGGCUGCUCCGGGGGAUACCAGCCACCUCCGGCACCCGAGCGCCAAAGGUGCCUGUGCUGCUGCUGCUGCUGCUGCUGGCGCAUUUCAUCCAAACUCCAGCCAGAGCGAGGGCAAGUUGAACCGGAGACAUUGGAGCCGCUGUGCUUUGGAGAGACGAGGGCGCACGGGGAGCGCGGCGGCACCAUGCCUGCUAUCAAGAAGGAGCGACUUGACAGGGAAGAGAUGGCCCUGGCAGCUUUUAACCAGCCCAUGGAAACCUUACCUGACUACCUCGCGCCUCUGGCCGCCGCUGCCAUUCCGGUGGUCACCCCGCACCCGCCGGCUUACGACCAGAUCUUUGCCCACCGCGCGUACCUGGGCUUCCACGAGCCCCACCACCCCCACCCGCACCACCCCCACCACCUCCCCGAGGACCUGAUGCUGGAGAGGUUUUCCUCCAUCCCGGAUUUCCAGCCCUUCUUUGACAACGGAGAGCCUUGCAUCGAGGUGGAGUGCGGGGAGAACAAGGCGCUGCUCUACAUCAAUAAGUUGUGCCAAGGGAGCAAAGGACCCUCUAUCCGGUACCGGGGAGAGUGGCUCACCCCCAACGAGUUCCAGUUUGUCAGCGGCAGAGAGACGGCCAAGGACUGGAAGCGCAGCAUCAGGCACAAAGGGAAAAGUUUGAAGACUCUUAUGUCCAAAGGAAUCUUACAGGUACAUCCUCCAAUCUGUGAUUGCCCUGGGUGUCGAAUUUCGUCUCCAGUGAACCGGGGCCGCCUGGCAGAGAAGAGGACGAUCCCCCUGCCCCCCACCAGGGUCCCCAAGAAAGAGCUGAGCUCCAUCUUCUCUCACAGCGAGGACAGCGAGGAGAGCGACAAGAGCAAUGGGCAGCCCCCCGAAGUGAAGCAGGAGGAGGAUCUGCACAUCAGUAUCAUGAAAAGAAGGAUCCACACCCACUGGGAUCUGAACAUCUCCUUCCGAGAGACCUCUUGCAGCCGCGACAGCGACCUCUCCACCAUCAUCUCCAACCUGCACCAGAGCCGCCAGCUCGUUAUGCCAGAGAGCCAGAGCCGCUGUGAGUUCAAGAGGAACAGCCUGGACGUGGGGCUGGCAGCAGCAGAUGAAAUUUUAGGCAAGAGAAGAGUAUGUUCUCCCAACAGCAGCAGUGAGUGUCCUUUAGAGAGCAAGAAAGCCCGAAGUGAGUCCCCAAAGGAAAACUCACACACGCCGGUGCUGGAGGAGGCGGUGGCGCAGAUGACCCCGGAGGAGCACUACAGGCGCAUGAUGUCGGCCCUGAACGAGCACGGCGCCUUCGAGGAGCAGCAGCAGCAGCGCCUGUACCAGCUGGCCAACAGCAUGGCAGUGCCCAGCCACGGAGAUCUGCUCCGGGCGCGGCAGGAGGUGGCGGCGGCGGCGGCGCGGACCCCGGGCGCGAUGGAAGCGCACAUCCCCUCGGCCAGCAACUCGUCCAGCCAGCGCAGGAAGCAGGGCCUCCCCCAGCACAGGGACAGCCACUUCCCCGACAGGGAGAUAUCCCACCCACCGCCUCUGCUGUCGCCCCAGAACGCUCCCCACAUCGCCCUGGGGCCCCACUUGAGACCUCCCUUCCUCGGGGUGCCUUCGGCGCUGUGCCAGACGCCAGGUUACGGGUUCCUCCAGCCGGCACAGGCGGAGAUGUUUGCACGGCAGCAGGAGAUGCUACGGAAGCAAAACCUGGCCAGGCUGGAGAUGUCGGCCGAGCUCAUCCGCCAGAAGGAGCUGGAGAACCUGCACCGGCAGAGGCUGCUGGCCGGAGACCCCCUGAGCCUGCACCCGGGGCUGCCCCCGGACCACCCCGCGCUGCGCAGCGUGCACGAUGUCCCCGAGGGCCACGCGCUGCGGGACGAGCUGUCCCGGCGCAAUGCCAUGCUGGUGCUGCGGCACAACAACGCCCCGCUGCUGUCCCUCACCCCCGGCGGCCCCGGCACCAACACCCCGCCCAAGGAGCAGCCCCGGCGGGCCGGGGGCGGCCGCAAGUCCUCGCAGCCCCGCUCGGAGCCGCAGGGCCCCGGCGAGGCGCGGGAGCCGGCGGAGCCGCGCACACGGGACGGGGCCCAGGACUGUAACGACGAGGAGAUGAAGGACUCAGAGAGCGACGCCGAGGCCGGAGAGGACAAGGCUGAGGGGCUGAAGGCCGAGGGCGGCUCGGGAGCGGAGCUCAAGGAGUGCAAGGACGGCACGGGCAAGGCGUGCGAGGGGGUCAAGGAGCUGAGCGAGGCGGCCGCGGCCCCCAGCGUCCCCUGCAGCUCCUCCAGCGCGGAGUCCCCCAGCCACCUGCUCGGGCCCGGCAUCAACAAGGCCGAGGUGAAAUACCUCCCUCCGGCCUCCCUGCCCGCGCCCCAGCCGCUGCCCUUCGGAUUCCCCUACACCAUGAGCCCCUACUUCCAUGCAGGCACCAUGGGAGGUCUGUUUCUGGAUGGGGAGGAGAGCCCAGCGCUGGAAGACAUCAGCAAAUGGACAGUGGAGGAUGUUUGCAGCUUCGUGUCCAACUUGUCUGGCUGCACUGAGUACACUCAGGUAUUCCGAGAGCAGGCCAUCGAUGGGGAGACCCUGCCCCUCCUGACAGAAGAGCACUUGCUGAACAACAUGGGGCUGAAGCUGGGACCUGCCCUGAAGAUCAGGUCACAGGUGGCCAAGAGGCUGGGCCGGGUGCUGUACAUGGCCGGUUUCCCGCUGGCGCUGCCGCUGCAGCCGCCGGGGCUGCGGCCCCCGGAGCGGGAGGUGGCCCCGGGCGAGCUCCGCCCGGCCUCCACCGGCAGCGUGGCCUCGCCCUUCGGCAGCGCCGUCCCGGCCAGCCGCGGCUCCCCCAAGCAGCAGGAGAACGGGAACCCUUCCCUGCUCGGCGACACCACCAAACCUCCGUCCUAACUCCGGCCGCGCCCGGACCCAGGGAACGCCAGGAAAGGGCGGCGCCGCCUCCCCGCAGCAGCGCCGCUCCGGAGGAAGAAGGGAGGCUUUGCUUUUUAGUUUUUGGAUGCAUUUGCUUUUUUUUUUUUUUUUUUUUUUUCUUUCGUUCGGGGAAAAUAGAAAAAAAAAGAAAAAAGAAAGAACCACGGAGAUUUCUGAACUGUCAAAAAUGAAAGGGAAGGGAGGAAGAUUAUCCAAAGAUGUUGUGGUGGGACGACGCCAAGGGACGAGAAGGAUGCUGGAGGAUGGAGGCAGCAUUCCCGUUCCCUUCCACACUCCUCAGUGCAGCUGGAGAGCCCCUGCACAGGGAAUAAUGGACAGGCUGCUCUUGGCCUUCAGGAACUCUGGGCUGUGACUCCACGGGGAAGGGAAGGGGCUCUGCUCCUGCCACCGGUACUUGCAGCAAAAAAACCCAUCCACACCCACCCCAGCCACCUUCCCAGAGCUCUCCUCCUCCCUGGAAACUGGGCUCAGUUCCUCAUUCAGGUGUUCUAUGCAUCUCUAGCAACUUUGAAAACAAUACCAAAGACAGACAAAAAGGAUAAAAAGACAAAAAAAAAAAGACAAAAAGAAAAAAAAAAAAGGCAAGUUCCCGUCCAUGUUUACUUUGUGCGGAUGGUACCGAGGCAGCCUGCCCUGGCACGGGGGCCUGGCAGUGCCAGGAGGGCACUGGGAGCUGUUUUCCAUGGCAUGUUGGGUUUCCAGGAGCAGCAGCAGGGAUGCUGUGGGGGAGGAGGGGUCCCAGCCUCGCUGCCCCCAGCCUCAUUGCUGGUUUUAUUUGAAGCCUUGUUACAGAGGUGGAUGUAUUGCACAUUCUGGCCUGCUGUGGAGCACCAGACACAGCCCUGGGAGCAGGGCAGGGGGGCAGGCUGAAAACAAUGGGCAGAGUUUUUACUACUGUGAAUGAGCUGGGAACUCCUGGGGGUGACCUCCUGUGACUUGUACAGUUGUGAACAACAAUCACAUGUGGUACUUUUCUCUCUCUCCCCCCACCCCCCUUUUUUUUUGGGUUUGUUUUUUGUUUAAACGUUGCACGUGCUGCCGUUUUUCUUACAGAAUAGCUUUGGUGGUACUUUAGCUUCUUUAUAUUGUAAAAAAAGGAAAAAAAAAAUCAUUAUCCAUCACAUCACGAUAAAAAUGCUUUCCAGCAAUCAAUUUAAAUAAAAAAGAAAAACACUUAA